AUGUGGAUCGAAACAAUACUCCAAAAGCUUCCGCGUCAAAUUAUAGAGGAAUUCUUACGUGAAAAUAAGUCCGCUGAAACAUGCACGGUCGGCGAAACAUUAGAUCAGCUCGAAGCGAGCAGAAAGAAGAGAGCCUGCAGCACACACAGAAAGCGCCUUUCAGACCCAUCUGCAAUUUCUGUGACAGAACUAACCACAGAUCUCAUGAGUGCCGCACCGUCAAAGAAGCACGCGAACGCCGAAAAAUUGCCAUGGAAAAGACACGUUAGCAAACUUCCGCUUUUGCACGUCUACCAACAACCCGCAAAAGCGACAGUUCAAAGAAAUAUCAGUGAACCUACCAAUUUUACGCCCUCUCAAGCACAUCCGCUGAAUGUAUCGUCUGCUGCUUUCCGUAAGCAACACAUUCCAGCGCAGUCUGGCACUAUCUCCGCAGGGGAACAAGUUGUGCUCAUGACGGCAGAGGGAUUGGUAUGGAACUAUUUCUCCGAACAAUACCAUAGAGCACUCUUCCUUUUUGAUACAGGUGCACAACUGAGUCUGAUUUUUAGAGAACUCCACCCAGCAUCUGGGUCUACCCGUGCUAAAAAAACGGAGCAAUGUUCAUUAUCAGGAAUAAAAAUAAAUGUUCGACAUGAAGACUCAGGUAUUUUUUUCACAGAGGAAGAAAUUGAUGAUGAAAAUGCAAAUUCCUAUCUUUCGCGAUAUGCUAAACUACUUCAAUACGAUGGCGAAACCGUUAGUGCCCCUUUCCCUCUGAAAAGCAAGACGUGUAGAAUUAGCGACAAUUACAAUAUGGCCUUCCGUCGCCUAGUCGCGCAGAUGAAACAUCUGGCACAGUUUCCCGAAAAAAGAGCGUGGUACGUAAAAACAAUUGAACAUAUGCUCAACAUGGUUCUUACGGCCUACUUGCAGAAAUGUGACACACCGCUCGCGAACGAAAUCUUAUCGCUACUUUACGUGGACAAUGUUCUACUGGGAGCUUAUUCCAAAGAAGAAGCAGUAGAAAAAUACAAAGAAUCUAAAGCAUUGUUCUCUGCAAUAGGCAUGAAUCUGCGAGCAUUCGUAAGCAAUUGCACAGAGGUCAACGAUCAGAUAAAAAAGGAAGAUAAAGCACCAUAUGAGCAGAUGAAACUUCUCGGAGUUGACUAUGACCCUAUAACGGACACCUACUCUCUGAAAACUGGGUUUUCUUCCCAGCCUAAGGUAAAAAGAGAUUAUGUGAAACAACAUCAUUCAAUUUAUGAUCCCAUCGGUCUUGGCGCGCCACUCAUGAUACGACAAAAACAUAUGCUCAGGAGCAUGUUCCAGAAAAAUUUGGAGUGGGACUCUGUGGUAGAUCCUGAGUUCGCCCUAGAGUGGCAGAAAACAACACAAGCCAUUAGCAAUUUCCACGUGCAAAUUCCACGACAAAUGGACCCACGAAGUAUGGACAGCGAUUUCUUCUACAUUUACAAGUAUCUCCAAGGACAGUCAGUCAGUGGCUUCGAAAACGACCUAACCUUGACGAUAGAAGCUAUUCAUCGACAAAUGCGAAAUGGACCUCGAGUGAGGAAAAAGAAAAGGAAAAGUUGA